AUGAUGCCUUUCAAUCCCAACCUCCCUGGCGCUGGCAGACAUGCUGCCGAAUCUUCAAGCUCUUCUACUUCGAAACAAAUACUGCCACCAGUCACUCAGGCUACUAGCCUGCCAAAAGAAUCCCCCGCGACCCUUCUAGAUAUUGCAAAGCUCACUCCCCAAUCCAGCACCACAAUUUGGUGCACUGAGGUCCUCCACGUCUUGCGUCCCUUCAAGCUUGAGUCUAUUGUGAGCUCCGAGCUCCCCAAGCCCCUCCCAGCAGACAUCAACUACCCUAAAUGGAAGUACUGGACUCACAUUGUUGCUGCUUGGCUAUUCCGCCAGGUAGAUGACUCGGUUAAACUUCGAGUGAAACAACACUCAAACGAGAUUGUCUACGCUGAUGAUAUUUUCAGAAAUAUCAAAGAAGUGAGCUUGUACAAUCACGCUGCAUAUGUUGCCAGGGAGUGGCAGAAAUGGGAGGAUCUGAACCGGGGCGACUAUUCUACAGCGGCUAGCUUCAUCCUUGCCUACCAGAACCAGUUCAAUCGUUUGAAGGCAGAAAAUCAUGAGCCCGCCUGUGAUUUCGCCCUAGCUAGACUUUUCGCAGCACUGGAGGGAGAGAUCAUGCCCGUCCCAUUCAUUCGGGAGGAAGUGAGAGACUUGGGAAGACCUGCCGACUACCAGCUUUUCACAUAUUACUGCAGGGUCUUGAUCAAUGAAUCUCGCAACCCCGUUCCUGGAGACGCCCCGCCAAGCAGCUCUGGAGCUUCGAGCGGCCGAAGAUUGGUCACUGAUAUCUCGUACCGCGGCUGGAGGGCUAGUACCAAGGGCAAAGGCGCAAGAUGGGAUUAG